UAAAAUUCAUUCUAUGAACAAUUAAUUUAUUAGUAGAAGAAAGAGAAAGAUGGUUGUGAUGUGCUUUUUGGUGGACGAGAAGAGGAAGGUGAGGAAGAGCAAGCCGGCGGCGGGACUGUGUUCAAGGUGCGGCGGAGGUGCACACGUGGCCGAUAUCAAGUCGGCAACUAGGUUCUGCUACGUCCCUCUCUACUGGAAGUCAUGGAGAGCCAUCAUCUGCACCUUCUGUGGUUCCAUUCUCAAAUCUUACAGAUAGAACAACAACAAGAAGAAGAAGAACCCUAAAUCCAUCCAAAUCUACUAACCCUAAACCCAUUUGGAUAUACUUUUGUUGUUAAUUAUUUAUUUAGCUAAUCUACUAAUUAAAUAAUUAUAGAUCUUUAAUUUAUUAUAAGAUCAAUAUCUAUCAUCAAGGAUGGAAUGUAAUGUCCCAUUAAUGUCAAAACCCCAGCAUGUUAUUUGCAACUCUAAAACAACACCUAGAUCUUGUUGUUGUUUCA